AUGGCUCCAGAUGGGUUGCAACCAAAGAGGCCACUUCAUAUAACGGUUAACUCUGGCAGUGGAGGAGAUCUGCUAGACAAGAUGCGGUCAGAAAGUCCCGGAUCGGCUCAUACUCCAGGAACGCCAGGAUUAUCAAGGAAUCUGCUACCGCAGGCGCGACCUGGAACAAGUCAGACGUCUCGACUCCCAGUUGGACCACCAAAUGCGAUAUAUGGAACAGGAGGACUCGAAUCAACCGACUCCUUAUUAUUACCACCUUCUUCGCGGUCAAGACCAAGAUAUCAAGAUUCCCCAGGUCCCUCGAGAUCAGAGUCAGCAAUGUCGUCACGGAGGACGAGUUGGGGUUCGGAAGCUCCAAGUCAUCGAGAUAGUAGACAUGCGCCCUUUGGGUCUCCGUUCGCUUCUCCUUUCGACGAUUCGAGAGCUCCUUCGCGAGCUGGCAGCGACGAUGAUAAUGUCAAUACGCAGACAGUAUCAGAGAAGUACAACAUUAUGCCCUCUGCAGGAUUAUUGCUCUUUCCAGAAGACGUAGAGAAGGACGACUGGCUGCACAAUCCUGGUCCAGACGAUAAUAAGCGAGACAAGUGCGAUAUAUGGUCGAAAAGAGGCCUGACGAAUGUGGGGGGCUUGUUGAUUGUGACACUUGGGCUAUUGGUGCUGUUUAUUGGAUAUCCAGUCUUGACUUUUGCUCGCCAAGUUGUGGGAGUACCGACCGAUACUUGCAAAACGGAUCCGGAUUGCUUGUCAGAUAAAUUCCCUCUACUGAAAAACCAAAGAGUGGGGCUCAUCGACCCGGAUACACCUGAUUCGGCAAAGACGGUGACUUCCAAUGACGGGAAGAAGCUGAAGCUCACGUUCUCUGAUGAAUUCAACACGGAUGGGCGGACUUUUUACGACGGCGACGAUCCAUACUUUCAAGGUGUUGAUAUAUGGUAUGGUGUCACCCAGGAUCUCGAAUGGUACGACCCAGACGCUGUGAGUACCGCAAAUGGUACCCUCAACUUGAAAUUCGACGCCUUCCAAAAUCACAAUCUCAACUACCGCUCAGGAAUGGUUCAGUCGUGGAACAAACUUUGUUUUAAGGGGGGACGACUUGAAGCAAGUAUAUCUCUGCCUGGUCGUGGGGACAUUCAAGGUUUUUGGCCGGGUUUCUGGGCCAUGGGCAAUCUUGGUCGGCCUGGAUACCCGGCGACUACGGAUGGGAUGUGGCCCUACAGCUAUGAGAACAAGUGUGAUGCUGGAAUCACCGCAAACCAGAGUUCUCCAGAUGGACUCAGCUUACUGCCUGGAAUGCGAUUGCCAGCAUGUACAUGCAAGGGCCAGGACCACCCCAAUCCCGGUGUCUCUCGCUCUUCGCCCGAAAUCGAUGCUAUUGAAGCCAGUUCUGGAUUUAUGGGCCCUGGACAGUAUGAUGGGGCUACAGGCACAGCGUCACAGUCCCUGCAAAUCGCUCCAUUUGAUAUCUUCUAUCAGCCAGACUACGACUAUAUGGAAAUUUAUGACCAUUCUGUGACGGGAAUGAAUGUCUAUCGUGGUGGGCCGUACCAGGAAGCAUUGUCUGCAGUGACCUGGCUCAACAACGAGUGGUAUGAUGGUAAUGCAUAUCAGACCUAUGGUUUUGAAUACACUCCUGGGGCGAAAGGCGAUGUAUCUUGGUUCGUGGGCAAUGACUACACCUACAAAGUAGAUCACAGGUCCCUCAGGCCAAACGGUAACAUUGGUCAAAGAACCGUCCCAGAAGAGCCUAUGUCUAUCAUCAUGAAUUUCGGCAUGUCCAAUAGUUUCGCUACAGUCUUCUUGCCGAAUCUGGCCAAGUUGAUGCCAGCAACCAUGAGGAUCGAUUAUAUUCGAAUCUACCAGGAAGAAGGUUCGGAGUCUGUAACUUGUGACCCGGAGGGCUAUGAGACGACAGAAUAUAUCAGACAACACCCGGAACCUUACGCAAACCCAAACCUUACAUUGUGGAAAGACACGGAUUACAAAUGGCCAACCAACACUCUUGUGAACGGUUGCACAGCUUGA